GUGUUCGCAAAUACAAUAACACUGCUCCAAUUGUCAAGCUGUGGCGUACACUUUCCUUCAUUUCAACAAUGGCGGCCAUGAAUCUGGUUGUUUCAGCCGGGGUUCAUUACUCCUGUUCAAAGGCCGGUAAUCGGUUUUCAAUUUCGAAAUCCAAGGGUUACAAGUUGGGAACUCGAGCUGCUUUGGUAGAAGCAGGACCCAGAGUCGAUGGUAGUGGUACGCCGGUGGCUCUGCAAGUAUUGGGAGGGGACCGGGCGGCGGAACUACAGGCGGAGGUCAAGGCCAUGGCACGCGCCGUCAAUGCCUCUGUUUACAGCCCCGAACUUCUUGCCAACAAAUAUGGGUCUCGACCUGUCCAGGUAGUGAGUAGGACAUUGGAAAUCUUGGUAGCCUUAGGCUCUUUUAGUACAAAGUUGUUGUUGGAUCAAAGGGAUGGCACACUGGAUCGAAACAAGAGAAAACGAGCCAUUGAGUUGAGGAGCAUUUUCACUCGAUUAGGCCCAACAUUCGUAAAACUGGGUCAGGGUUUAUCCACUCGACCUGAUCUCUGCCCGCCCGAGUAUCUCGAGGAGCUGGCUGAGCUGCAGGAUGCAUUGCCUACAUUUCCCGAUGCCGAUGCAUUCUCAUGCAUCGAAAGGGAGUUGGGGAUUCCGAUUGAAUCCAUAUUCUCUUCGAUAUCCGCUUCUCCAAUUGCUGCUGCCAGUUUAGGCCAAGUCUACAAAGCUCAACUUAAGUAUUCAGGCCAAACUGUUGCUGUUAAAGUGCAACGAGCUGGUAUUGAAGAAGCCAUUGGACUUGAUUUUUACCUUAUUAGAGGCUUGGGAUUUUUCAUCAAUAAGUACGUUGAUAUCAUCACGACCGAUGUUGUCGCCCUUAUCGACGAAUUUGCCCGUAGAGUUUACCAAGAGCUCAACUAUGUCCAGGAGGGAAAAAAUGCAAAGAAAUUCAAGACGUUAUAUGCUGACAAAGAGGAUAUCCUUGUCCCAGAUAUCUACUGGAAUUACACGAGUGGUAAAGUACUAACGAUGGAGUGGGUUAAUGGAGUGAAACUAAACCAACAAUCCGCCAUUGAAAGCCAAGGUUUAAAGGUUAUAGAUUUAGUUACCACGGGCAUCCAAUGCAGCCUCAGACAACUCCUAGAACAUGGCUACUUUCAUGCUGAUCCUCAUCCCGGUAAUCUUUUGGCGACACCUGAAGGGAAGCUCGCAUUUUUGGAUUUUGGAAUGAUGAGUGAGACACCAGAGGAUGCAAGGUCGGCCAUAAUCGGUCAUGUUGUUCAUAUGGUUAAUCGGGACUAUGAAGCAAUGGCUCGUGAUUACUAUGCUUUGGACUUUUUGGAAACUGAUGUAGAUGUUUCUCCCAUUGUGCCGGCUCUAAGGGACUUCUUUGAUGAUGCUCUGAACUACACUGUGAGCGAACUCAACUUCAAAACACUUGUUGAUGGCCUGGGAAAUGUUUUAUACCAGUACCCUUUUAACGUGCCUGCCUAUUAUGCACUGAUAUUGAGGUCACUUACAGUGCUAGAAGGGUUAGCCCUUUAUGCUGAUCCUAAUUUUAAAGUGUUGGCUGCCUCAUAUCCAUACUUUGCUAAAAGGCUUCUCACUGAUCCAAAUCCAUAUCUCAGAGAUGCUCUUGUAGAGUUGCUUUUCAAGGAUGGCAGGUUCAGGUGGAAUAGACUAGAAGACCUUCUUAUAGAGGGAAGGAAGGACCGAGACUUCUCAGCAAAAGAUGCAUUGCAACCUGUUUUAAAACUAUUACUGGGACCAGACGGUGAAGAACUUCGGACCUUAACGAUUAAAGAGGCUGUUCGUGUCACUGAAGCUGUUAUUUUAGGCUCAGCGGCUGAUACAUACAACUCUGCCCCGUCUUUUGUGCGAACCCUGAUGAUCAAUGGAAAUGGCAAUGGAGCGCUUGCAAUGACCAGUGCUGAUUUGGAAGCUCUGAUGGAUCUUAGGAAACAGGUUUUUAGAAUCUGGGCGCUUCUAACUUCCUCUGAAAAUUUCGAUCCAACACUUCUGCAGCCUAUUUUACAGGUUCUUCAACAACCGGAGGGACGGAGUCUAGGGGGGCGAGUGGUUGGUGGGAUAACUCAGCGUCUUGCAGCUCGUUUACUGCAACAGCUUCUAAGAACACCGACCGUUCCUGCUUCAAGUUGAAAUCUGCAAGUAUUCUUUAUAUAUGUUACAGCGAUUUAACAAUACAAAUAUGAACCAAAAAAUAAAUAUUGUAACAAUAUUAAUACACUUUUUUUUUCUGGAAUGUAUAGUUUUAUCAAAUUAACAGGAUCUACUUAU